AUGUCGGCCGGGCUGGGGCCGUGGCUGCUGGGCUUGGCCUUGGCCUUGGAGCCGGCAGGGCUGUGGGCACAGUGGAGGCUGGAGGAGGCCGGCGGAGGGCACCGAGCUCCCGGGGAUUCCGUCCUCCUCUCCUGCCGCGGGUCCGGAUUCAACUUUGGGCUUUAUGUCGUUCACUGGUACCGUCAGGCACCCGGAGGCAGACCCGAGUGGGUGUCUUCCAUCAGCACCGAUUCCUCUUGGAACAGGCCCGCUUUUCUUCCAGAUGCAUUUUGGGGUGAUGAGAUCCAACCAACAAGGUCUGCAGUGUGGUGGCCAGCAGGGAUUACUGGGACCUUACAAUGCACUUACAGCUCCAACGCCUCCUACAUUUACGUGGCCUGGUAUCAGCAGUGUCCUGGUGGACCCCUGCAGUACUUGCUGCAGUGCCAGGGCUGUGGAGGCUCCUACAGCCACACAGCCCCUUUUGCCCACAGGAGGUUUUCCUGCCAGGCUGACAAGAGCUCUGGGACACUGAGCAUCACCGGGCUGGAGCAGGGGGACAGCGCAUCCUAUUACUGCAGCCUGGAGGCACCACAGCGAGAGGCACCCGGGGGUGCCUCAACAACAUCAGCUUCCUCCCCUGCUGCCUCCCCUCCUGCGUGUUCAGGUGGGACACAGGCCCUGCAAGGGGGGAGUCAGUGAGUGGGCUGUGCCUGCUGUCAGAGAAAUGGGGUCUCGUUGUGCCUGGGUGCUCCCAGUGGAGAGGAGGGGAGGGAAGGGCAGGGGAGAGGCAAGAGA